CGUUCCCAUGCCAGGGAAAUUCACACGCACGCAUAUAUGUAUUCGCAAUUUCGCAGCAGCAGCAAUGACUGAUUUCAAGAAUUCCCUUUGAAAAUAAAAACACCCCACUCUCAAUCUCUCUCUCCCUCUCUCCCACACCUAUCUUUUUUCAUUCAAUUUCAGUUCUUGCUUCUGUGGGAGAGAGGAGAGGAGAUAAAGAAACAACAUAAAAUUAGAAGAUAAUUCUAUUAUACCGAGAAACCAUGCAGAAACUCAAGGAUCAAAGGUCAAGAUCCUCCAAACCCACAACCAUACACGGGUUGGCUCAGUCUGGGGAUCUCAUUGCCUUCCAAAAGCUACUUCGUGACAAUCCUUCUCUACUCAAUGAUCGAAACCCUGUUAUGGCACAGACACCACUUCAUGUUUCUGCUGGUUACAACAAUGUUGAAAUAAUUAAGCUUCUGCUUGAUUGGGCUGGACCAGAAAAGGUGGAGUUGGAGGCCAAGAAUAUGUAUGGGGAGACCCCACUGCACAUGGCUGCUAAAAAUGGAUGUAAUGGAGCUGCAAAGAUGCUCCUAGCUCAUGGUGCCUCUAUAGAAGCCAAAGCAAAUAAUGGCAUGACCCCGUUGCAUCUUGCUGUUUGGCAUUCACUUCGAGCAGAAGAUUAUUCAACUGUUAAGACAUUGCUCGAAUAUAAUGCCGAUUGCAGUGCCAAAGAUAAUGAGGGUCUGACUCCUUUGAAUCAUCUUUCACAAAGCCAUGGGAGUGAAAAAUUACGUGAAAUUCUCCACAAACACCUUGAAGAGCAGAGAAAGCGUAAAGCUAUUGAAGCAUGCAGCGAGACUCAAGCAAAGAUGGAUGCACUGGAAAAUGAGUUAUCAAACAUAGUUGGACUAGAUGAGCUCAAAGUACAACUCCGAAAAUGGGCAAAGGGGAUGCUCUUGGAUGAGAGGCGACGCGCACUUGGACUAAAAGUUGGUGCUAGAAGGGCACCUCACAUGGCCUUCUUGGGAAAUCCUGGAACAGGUAAGACUAUGGUAGCACGAGUGCUUGGAAAAUUACUCCACAUGGUUGGAAUUCUUCCUACCGACAGGGUAACAGAAGUGCAGCGAACAGAUUUAGUUGGGGAGUUUGUGGGUCACACAGGACCAAAGACAAGGAGAAAGAUACAAGAAGCUGAAGGUGGAAUUCUUUUCGUGGAUGAAGCCUACAGACUCAUACCCAUGCAGAAGGCAGAUGAUAAAGACUACGGGGUGGAGGCUCUAGAAGAAAUAAUGUCAGUCAUGGAUAGUGGAAAAGUUGUUGUAAUCUUUGCUGGCUACAGUGAACCAAUGAAGCGCGUGAUUUCUUCAAAUGAAGGCUUCUGCAGAAGGGUAACAAAGUUUUUUAUUUUUAACGACUUCAGUUCUGAGGAUCUUGCCAAGAUUCUUCAUCUUAGAAUGACUAAUCAAGUUGAGAAUAGCUUGUUGUAUGGAUUUAAGUUGCACCCCUCGUGUAGCAUAGAUGCUGUUGCAGCACUUAUAGACAGAGAAACAACGGAAAAGCAGCGCCAGGAAAUGAAUGGAGGUCUAGUAGAUCCGAUGCUAGUCAAUGCAAGAGAAAAUUUGGAUUUGAGGCUCAGUUUUGACUGCAUAGAUACAGAUGAAUUACUUACAAUUAGGUUGGAGGAUUUAGAAGCUGGUCUCGUGUUGCUAUCUCAAUGAGCGGUAUUCAGCCGAAAACAAAGUGUUUUUAAUUGAAAGAAGCGUGGCAGUGAACCCAUAAAGAAAAAGAAACAGUGAAGGAAGGAGGAACACGAAAAGGAAGUAGUAAAAGCUAGGAAUCAUUUGUUUAGCAGAUAUCAUUUUUUUUCUUAAAGAUUGCAGUCAUUGCAACUUAAACUCAAGCCAGCUCGAGCAGUUCCGGAGUGGGGGCUCUUGUUCUUUUGAUUCUUUUGCUUGCAAGUCGGAAGUUAUUCUUUGAUAUCUUUCGUUUCACAGACACGAGCUGUAAUAGGUCACUAAGAUGUUGGAUUGUCUUGUAUUCAAUGUAUCGGAUGUAAAAUAACCAUCAUAUUGGUUGGAACUUGAAGUCAAUAAUUGGAGGCAAAGGCAGCAAAGAAAAUUCCUUUUGAACUUA